AUGAAAACGCCCGAGGUCCUCCAGCCUCGGUCCCUGGGCUCCCGUCGUGAUAACUUUGUUCACGACGCGAGCCUGUCUGGGUUGUGCUCUCCGAGGGGGUUGCCCGGCGCGCUCGCCAAGCCCGCGCGGCCGCCAGAGGAGGCGUUCGACGCCGCUGGCCCGGCAGCCCGCGCCCGGCCCGGCGGCGGCGGUCCCGAGGCCGCCGCAGCGCCGGGCGAGCUGGGGAGGCUGCCGGCGCACUCGGCGGUCGAGGCCAGCGGCCGCGGCGGCACCGACCUGAGCUUGGACUCGAGCAGCCUCUCCGACGAGGAGGGGCCCGUGAGCGACCUCCUCGUCAUCGACCACGGCGCGGACCGCUUCGCCGCGAAGCUGGCGGACGGGACCCGCUGGAACAGCUGCGCUGCCAUCUCGCAGGGCAGCCUCUCGCCGUCCAUGUCCGUGGCGCAGGGGAGGGCUAGCCAGACGACCACCAUGUCCGCCCUCGAGGCCCAGAGGUUGCGCCGGUGCCGAACCAUGGGGGCCUGCAGUUGCUCUGGGCGCAGGGCCCGCAGGCUGGCAGCUUGCCUGCUGCUGUGCCUGUUGCUGGUGAGCGCGGCCGCGGCUGCGUUCGUGCUGCUGUUCGGCAGGCGCAUGGGCGACGCGUUCAUGCUGUACCAGGACUACCCUUCGAGAGGGGAUCCCGGAUAUUUGGUCGACUUCUUCGGGCCGCACUGCCUUUAUCUCAAGCGGACCUUCUCUCCCGUGCUGAAGGAGCUGGAGGCGUACAACCUGCGCAGGGGAUGGAAGGAGGUCACGCUCCCUGCGAGGGAGGACUCGCUGCCAGUGAGGGCGCUCGUCUUCCCCGCGGCCAGCAGCGUCGAGGGCGCCGAGGUGCCCAGGGUCGUGCUCGCCCACGGCGGCCACGCGACCGCCCUGGACAGCUCCGUGCAGGCCGCCGCUUAUUACCUGCGGCUCGCCAACAUUAGCGCCGUCGUCCCCUUCCUGCGGGGCGGGGCGGGGCGGGGGCACGCGCAGCUGCGGGCGGAGUGGCAACACCAGGCCCGCGACCUGCUCGGCGCGUGGGACUACGCGGUGGCCGACCCGGAGGGCCUCCUGGGCGGCAGGGCGCGCCCAGGCCGCCGAGCGGGGCUCCUGUGCUUCGGGGUCGGGUGUCUCGCGGCACAGGAGGCGCUCGCGCUGGAGCCCGAGGUGCCCGCGCUCCUCAUGGACGGCGCCCUGCACGACGUGCGGGAGGCGGUGGCGCAGCGGGUGCGACAGGCCUGGCCGGCCCACGCGCCCGAGCUCCUGGCGCCCCUGGUGGCGGAGAGGGCUUGGGAGCGGUGCCAGGCCCUGGCCGGGAGGCCGCUGGACGCGAGCCCCUCGCACGCGGAGCUGCUCAUCUCCAGGGGGCGGCAGCACGGCGGCACCCUGGGCAUCAUCCACUCCGUCAACGACAGCGUGAUCCUCGUCGAGCAGCGGGAUCGGCUCCUGGCCUCGGUGCGGGCGGCCUCCCCGCCUGGCUUCGAGCUGGCGCUGGAGUGGUACCCGUCCUUCUCGGCGGGGGGCGCGUGCGCCGCGCGGCGGGAGGCGUACCUCGAGCAGCCCGCCGCGUACCUCCUCGCGCUCUGCAGCUUCUGGCGCACCUUUUUCGACGCCGGCGGCGCUCUCGCCGGCGGGGCCUCCAGGUGCGAGGACGCGGCCGCGCUCGUACGGUAG